GACGUACUUCCGGUUUCACUUGGAGGAACCCCCCCCCCCGACAACCUCCUGAUUGCGUCGCGAAGUGGUUGUUUUGGUUGAAAAUAUCGCGUCAAGAAAGCACAUAAACACGUUUAAAACAUGGGAAUUCGGACGAGUGGGACCAAAUGCAGCGUGGGAGAGGAUCGAGGGACGCGUUAAGCGAAGGAUUUGACUCGUCUUCCUGUGGUAUUGCUCCGCAUGUUCAGUUUCUUCGUAGAUGGUCUCCGGAGAGCGUUGUCUGCUGGUGGACACAGAGUUGUCGACGAGUAACAUGAAGGAGAUGAUUGGAGGGUGUUGUGUUUGCUCAGACGAGAGAGGCUGGGCGGAGAACCCGCUCGUAUACUGCGACGGACACGGCUGCAACGUCGCUGUGCACCAGGCCUGUUAUGGCAUUGUACAGGUGCCCACUGGUCCGUGGUUCUGCAGAAAGUGUGAAUCUCAGGAGAGAGCGGCUCGGGUGAGAUGUGAGCUGUGUCCCCACAAAGAUGGCGCCCUGAAGAGGACGGACAAUGGCGGCUGGGCCCAUGUGGUGUGUGCUCUUUACAUACCUGAGGUGGAGUUUGCAAAUGUCUCAACUAUGGAGCCCAUCGUACUCCAGUCUGUGCCCCAUGACCGCUACAACAAGACAUGCUAUAUCUGCGAGGACCAAGGCAGAGAGAGUAAAGCGGCCACCGGAGCAUGCAUGACCUGUAACAAACAUGGCUGCAGGCAGGCCUUCCAUGUCACAUGUGCCCAGUUUGCAGGGUUGCUGUGUGAGGAACAAGGGUCGGAUGCAGACAACGUCAAGUACUGCGGUUAUUGCAAAUACCACCACAGCAAAUUGCGAAGACGCAGGGGCCGCGGUAGUAGAUCUCAAAGCUUAAGUGACUCUUCCUCUCAGUGUAUGGAUAGACCCCCAGACCAGGAAAAGAAGAAACACAAAGAACGGGACAGACACAAACCCAAACACAAGAAGACCUCCAUGGACAUGUCCCCCUCCCUUGUUCUCCCAAACAUCAUGGUCCCAGAGAAGACCUACACCAGCAGCAAUUCGGUGGUAGGGGGCCCCGCUCUCCCAGCAGCCUCGCAGAAGCGGCUGGAUGACGGGAGCGCCCGUUUCACCAACGCCAACUUUCAGGAAGUGUCAUCCUCUCACUCUCUGGCAAGCGCCAAGGACUGUCUCGCCGCUGAUGCCGGGAAGGUGGCAUCUGAGAUGAAGAGCAAGAAAACUCCCGCUGGAAGCCACGCGGUGGGGCAGAGGGGUAGCCGGAAGUCUCUCACCUCCUCAGGGAAAGCGCUCCCCUCUGCUGUUGUCACCAUGGCAACCUCCACAUCUGCCUCCACUGGACCUUUCCACCAAGGCCUGCUGUUGACGAGUGCCAGCAAGACAGCCUGUGCCCCCACAUCCUCUGAUUUCCUAAGCUUCGCCGACUCCUCCUUGCGCCCAGGAAGCGUGACUUCCUUCUCAUCGCCGCCAUCUUUCAGCUCCCUUGUGAAGCCGAGUUCAGAGGGCGCCGCUUCAGAGGGAACCACAAACCUUUUUGCCUCUCUUGCAACGACCGCUCCUGCAGGUGAUAGUUGCACUCUACUUUUGUCUUGUUUUUCAAGUUUUGCAUGGCCGCAGCCCUCCGGCACCGGCCCGGGGAACACUGGAGCAACCGCGGGAGGUGGGGAGGAUGGAGUCAAGAAGAAAAAGAAAGGCAACUGGCGCAACAGAUUUGGACCUUGCUUCACAACGGACGUCAAACCACCAGAGUCAUCAUCACCCUCCCUCGCUUUGCCCACCAUCUCCACGGCCAACGCCUCCUCCUCUUCCGCCGCACCCCCCCCUACGUCCUCCUCCUUGACGCUUUCUGGCCGGCCCGGCUUAGCUUGCAGCGGUGGUUUAGGAAUGGGAGGAGGCGAAAGAGGUCUCGGGGUCAUAGGUGUCGGCAGCGGGAUGCAGAAGUCCCCCUCACUCCUUAGGAAUGGGAGUCUGCAAAGCAGCAGCGGACCAGGUGUUUUCUCCGGUGGCGAUGGGUCGUCUUUGUCGGGCCCUGGUGCUGUCGCCAUGGGCGGAGUCAACUCGGACCAACUGCAACCCGCACCUUCGCUGGCCCCUCCCUCUCCCUUCACCGCCACCGCACCCCUGACCGGCACGGCCACCACACACGUGAGUGCCCUUCCAGGGUCAGUUUUCAACAUGGCUCCCUCACAUAUGUUUGGUAACCGUCUGAAUCCGAACUCUGCCAUGGCAGCGCUCAUCGCCCAGUCGGAGGCCUCACCCGCAGAUCAGGAAGCCGGAGACACCGGCGUCGGUGUGCAGGGCUUCUCAAUCAGGGCUUCUCCCAAGACCACGCCGCGCUCGCCAAUUGGCGGCCUGCAGAUCCGCUACGACUCGUCAGGGUCGUUGCCGGGACCAGGGCUCGGGUUGCUAGGGGCUGGGGGGGGCGGCGGCAGCGGCGAGACGCUGCCCCCGGUGGCCACCACCAUAGAGCAGCUCCUGGAGAGGCAGUGGAACGAGGGGCAGAAUUUCCUACUGCAGCAGGGCGCGCAGGGCGAUGUGGUGGGCAUGCUGAAGUCUCUCCAUCAGCUGCAGGAGGAGAACAGGAGGCUGGAAGAGCAGAUAAAAACGCUCACUAUGAAGAGAGAGCGACUGCAGCUUCUCAGUGCUCAGCUAUCAGUGCCUUUCAUGCCCACCUCAGCCUCCUCUGAUGUAAAGGGGGCGGCCUCUGACUCAUCGUUACCUGUGGCAGCUCAGGACAGCGCGUCAUGUGGCGGCCACAGCAGUAGCGGCUCUACCUCUUCCCUGUCAACCCCCCCCUCACUUUCUCAAAGCCCACCUCAGCCCCAGCUAAACGGCAUCAUCGCCGCAGGGACCACCCCAGCCGGGCUGGGGAGCAUGUCUGGACUGAUGGGCGCCUUUGGUGGCGGAAGCGCGCUCGGCAUGGGGGGCAUCUCUGGCACUCUGAACGGAGUGAUCCAGACGCCGGCAGGGACCGGAAGCCCUCACGCGACGGGAGCUUCAACCGUGCCUGUCAAUAACAGUGCUGGCAUGUUGGACUGUACCAGCUCUGCAGUUAGUAAGAACGGUUCUGCGCGGCUCAGCUUGGCGGACCAGCAGAGGCUCCUCCAGCAGCAGCAGCUCCAGCAGCUGCUGGCAUCCCAACCCUCAGCGGUAUGCCACACACGAUGAGCUACUUGAUGCUUCAAUGCAAUGAAUGAUUGAAUCGUUGUCCUCUCUUCCCCGUAUCUGUCUUCUCUUAGGAGCACUUGCAUUGACUUCACUCCUCUGUCCCUUCCUCGUCUCUCGUCUACAAUCGAGCUAUCUGUCUGAUGUUGACCAUUUUCACACCAUUAUUCCCUCCUCAGCCCCCUCGUGUUCUUUUUGCGCCGCUGUUCUCCCAGCAGCAGCUCUCGCAGUUAAUGCAGCAAGAGCCGCCGCAGCCCUACACUGGCCACAUUUCCUCCAUCAACAGCCCCCAAGUGCUCUGGUACACUUGCAUGCAUACCUCAAAAAAGGACACGGAGGAAGGCUGUUGCAAUUGCAGAGCAGAAGACAAGACACGUAGUGUUUGGACAUCAAUGUCAUUAUCCCUGUAAUUGAGAAGACAAAUACUAUGCCCCUUCCCCAUUUUUUUUAUUUUUUGGGCGGUAUGUGUGUCUCUGCGUAUAACCGUCACACCUGUCUCUUAUUAGGGUCACGGCCCACUGAGCGAUGUCAGGGGAAAUCCGGUCAACACUGCAGUGUUGAGGGUUUUGCCACGACAUUUCACGAGCGGCCGAAGUUUUGCGGCAAUUUAAAAUUUGAAUUGCAAUUCCACGUAGCGACACAGAACAACGUAUUGCACGGGGAGCCUCAGAACACGAUACGGGCUUGCACGCUUCACAUCGUAGGGGAGUCGCGGGGACAUUAUGCCAUUCGAUGGGCGGCGCUGAAUGGCCGACUGUCAUUUUGGAUGGUCGGGUUCUCGUCGAGUUGAGAAACGUCGCAACGUGCGCGGUGGCCCUCGGAUGCUUUUCCUCCCACCUGAUCGGGUCUUUCUGCUACGUCAUUCUCUCAGGGGCCUUUUAGCACACGUGCUCGCAAAAAACACAGUGUGUUUUGUCCGAAAAAAACAAAACGGCGGAAUCCCUUCGAAUAUAGCAGAUGCGUGUUUGGCAUUUGUGCGGCUCCAUUUGCGUGUCCUCGUGCCAAGUCUGGCUCCGUCGCCACCGAAUCCUGCUUACGACGCUCUCCUUUGGGGGCCGCUCAAGAGAGAGCUCACUUCAGAGGGCACAAAUGUCCACAGGAGGAACGACAACGAAAUGAGCACGUGGAUUCCCAUACCUAUGCGUGACAAAAUGCGGAAGUGGUCAUCCUUCUCGAACGAGUCCCCGAGCUGCACCUACCUCUCCAGCACACAGGACCUAAAUGGCCAGCAGCCGGCCAAUAAAAAUCCACAAGAGUCAGGAGCGGCCAAACAACGUCCAUGCUAAAAGUGCCUGAGCUCAAGCGAUUUUCUUUUUUUUCCCCCCCUAAAACUUUCACCCCGCUCUCACUCUGCUAUCUUCAUGCUGCUGGCAAUUAAGCUGUGUUGCCAAGGCAACCGAUUAUGAAACACUCUGUCUUGUCACUUAAAACCAGGAAAUGUUAUUGUGACGUAUUCUGCAAUAUUCAAGCCCAUUUUUGCAUUGUGCUUUUUAUUUGUGCGUUGAUGUCACGGGUGUGUGAUGGUUAUGUCUUGCAGAUGUUGCUAUUGAACAUCUCCUUGUCCUACUGUGCAAAGUUUGGUGUUCUUAUUUUGGCUUGCCGUUAGCCCUUUGAUUGACUUUGAUUCUGAUUCACGUCUUCAUGUUGAUCAUUCAUGAUGGGGGGAGUGUGUGACUGCAGCUGUUUAAAGGGUGGGUGUGGGGUUCGUUCUUACCUCUUUAAAUGUAAAUAGAGAUUUUUCCUCAUUGGCUGGUGGUGUACAUAAGGGUUGGUGAGAAGCAAAGCCAAUGAAGGAUCAGUUUGGAUGUGUGAUUUUUGUAUUUUGGGGCGUGGGGGGGUUGUGUUGGAGGGGUACUAGACACACAAAGUAUUAAUUUAUUUUUAUAUGUGCAGGGACAUUGUUUCUUUUUUUUUCUUUUUUUUUAUAGGUUUCACACUGUUUUUCUUGACGUUUUAUACUCCAGGGCACGUGUUUUUUCAUCUGUACACAAAAUGUUUAUAUCCGUUUGUACAAGUAAAAAAAUAAUGACGGGCAGGGGAAAUGACUUUGUCUUUCAAAUCACAAAUUAAAGAAACACUCUGGAUUAACUAA